AUGAUCUCGUCGAGGCUGCGACCCCAAAGUCAUCUAGUUCUCACCCAGAUAUACGCACCGGCUUCCUUCCUCUUCGACAUCGGCACCAUGGGCGUCUCCGAUAUCUUGAAGCAGCGCGCUCUCGAGUCCGGCUCUAGACAGGGGUCCGUGUGGGCGGUGGCGCUCUCGUUCAUCGUCUUUACGAUGUUCGUCAUGGCCGUUCGCAUCCAUGUGCGGCUGGCUGUGAUCAAGUCGGUUGGUGUGGAUGACGUUUUCAUGAUCAUCGGAACGGUAUUCGCUUUCGGUCUUUCGGCAGCGUCUAUGAUCUCCGCGUGGUACGAGGACCAGCUCAUCCUGGAAGAAAUGACGCCGAUGCUCCAGGCUGUCUAUUCGACCCGUCUCUUAUACGUGGUGUCCGUCAUGUUUGUCAAAUUGUCCUUGUUGGUGUUCUACCUCCGGCUCGACAGACGGCCAUGCAUGCGGUACACUGUCUACUUCCUCAUGUUCGUCGUGGUUGGGUUCUCGAUCGCGAGCUUCUUCAUCUUGACUUUUACAUGUUACCCACCUGAGAUGUUCUGGGACAUGACGGGCACUGUGAAAGGGUCGUGCAUCAACGCCAAGAGCCAGCAGGCUUUCUACGAUGCAAAUGGGGUCUUGAACAUCAUCAUAGAUCUAGCAAUCUACGUGACCCCGAUGCCGAUGUUCUGGAACAUCCAGAUAUCGCUUCGCCAGAAGCUUGCCCUGACUGCCAUCUUCGGUCUGGGAAUCGUCGCCGUCGCUGCCGGCUGCGUGAGAUUCGCUUACGUGCGGCUCCUGUCGAACACGACUGACAUGUACUUCUACCUCGCGGACAGCCUCUCGUGGUGCGAGAUCGAGAUCUACGUCGCCAUCUUCUGCGGAAGCGCAUCUACGUUCAAGAUCCUGCUACGCAACUACCUCCCGAGCAUCCUGGGAAGCUCCGCCAUGAAGAACAACAAGUACGAUAACAAGUACGGCAAGGCGGCCUCCGGCAGCGGCCAGAGCCGCGGGUACCAGGGCCUCGGCGGCAAGGAUAAGACGGGUCGGACGACGAUCAGUGGCGGUACUACCGAUGUUCCGAGGAACGACAGCGAGGAGUUCAUUAUUCAGAAUCCUUCGGCGGGCCGGAUUCGCGUUGAGACGGAGUUUCGGCUCGAGGCUAUGCAUCGGGAUGACGAGAGACGGGGGAGUGAGUCGAGUGAGGUUUAA